ACACGGAACCGCCGCCGCUACCCGCCCACCCGCGCCACACCGGCCGGCGCGUGGGGCAGCCUGGUCGGCGAUGAGAGGACCAGAGUCCGCCGCCGAUGGCAGCCCCUUGCUGUGGCGAAUGUGCCGCGGCGAACGCUGGGGCCUCAGCGCGGUGGCGGUGCCGGUAGCGGUAGCGGCGCCGCCCGCUGUGAGGUCCGGGCCGUCGGGCAGCAGCGCGGUGGACUGCACAGGGCCAGGGGUCGGCCUGUAAGGGCCGCGGACGGGUAAGAGCCGAGUCGGCUCCCUGCGGGGGCUGCGCGCUGCACCUCAGCGCCCCGGGGCGUCCGGCAAGAGCAGGACCUGCUGGGCCCUUUCCCGCCGCACGCCGGCAGCGAGGCCGGGGUAGCGCACGGAUGGCUGUCGCAAUCGUGUCUGCCAUACCAGGUCUGAACGUGGGCCGGUCGGCGGUUACUGGGGACGGUUCCCAAGCCCGGGCAGUGGGCUGCUGUGGUGCGCUAGCUCCCUCCCCGCCACGGGAAGUAACUUCUACCGGCGCCGGGCCACUGGCUGCCAUGCCAGGGCGGGAGCGUGGUCAUCUGCGGAGCGAGUCCUCCUGCUGUGAAGGCUCUGGGAGAGCUCUCUAACGGAGAAGGCUCAGAGGAGCUCCCGACUGUGGGCCAUGUCCGUACCUCUUGCGGUUCUUGACUGCGACCUCGUGCUGUACGGCCGGGGAUACAGGACUUUGGAUCGCUUCAGGCUGGACGAUGUCACGGAUGAGUAUGUAGUGUCCACCUACGGCUUUCCCCGCCAGUUCAUUUACUACCUGGUGGAUCUCCUGGGAGACAAGCUGUUUCGCCCUACGCUGCGGGCCAGGGCCAUCAGUCCAGAGACGCAGAUACUUGCUGCAUUGGGUUUCUAUACCUCUGGCGCCUUCCAGACUCAUGUGGGGGAUGCUAUUGGCAUCAGUCAAGCCUCCAUGAGCCGCUGUGUUGCCAGUGUAACUGAAGCAUUGGUGGAAAGAGCCUCGCAGUUUAUUCACUUUCCUGAGGAUGAUACUGGUAUAUAUAACCUGAAGGAUGAAUUUUACAGUGUGGCAGGCAUGCCAGGAGUGCUGGGGGUGGUUGGCUGCAUCCAUGUGGCAAUAAAAGCACCAAAUGCUGACGACGUGUCCUAUCUAAACCGAAAGGGUCUCCAUUCUUUGAACUGCCUGAUGGUGUGUGAUGCCAAAGGAGUCCUCCUGAGUGCAGAAACACACUGGCCGGGCAGCCUGCCCAACUGCACGGUGUUACAGCAGGCAGCUCUUAAGAAUCAAUUUGAAACAGAGCUACAUAAAGAUGGCUGGCUACUUGGUGACAACUCUUUCUCUCUCCGAACAUGGUUGAUGACCCCUCUUCAUAUCCCGGAGACGACUGCUGAAUAUCGUUACAACAUGGCGCACUCCGCCACUCACAACAUCAUUGAGCGGACCUUCAGAACCAUUCAGUCGCGUUUCCGCUGCCUGGAUGGGUCUAAAUGCACCCUGCAGUACUCUCCAGAGAAAUCCAGCCACAUCAUUCUGGCCUGCUGUGUGCUCCAUAACAUCUCCCUGGAACAUGGGCUGGAUGUGUCAUCUUCGCCGGCUGCAGAACACACGGAACAACCAGAAGAAGAGUAUGAGCAAAUCGAGUCAACGGACUCAGAUGCCUGUCAUGUUCGUCAGGAACUCUUACUCGCUCACUUUUAGCUAAUGUGGUAACAGAAAGAAAAGCUUCUAGCAGCUAAUUUGGGAAGAUAUACAGAGUAAAUAAGCCUUCUCCUCUUCUUUAAGUCUAUAAAGACUUAGCAGGUGUGAGACAAGGAGACAUUUUGUUCUGUUAAUUACAGAUGACAUUCUGAAGUUGUCUCAGUCUCUUGAGAGAUGCAGUUUAAUUGCAAAACUUUUACUGUUGUGUUGCUUAGAGACUUCCCUUUCACUUGACUUAGAGAACAAAGAGUAAUGUGUAAUCAGUGGAGAAACUUGGGAAACUGUCUUUGAUAGUGAUGGAAAGUCUGUAAGCCUUGCACUCCUUUACAAAGCAACAAUUCUACACUGCUUCAUAACCCACUUAUGAUUGAUUUUUAAACAGCAUUUCCCACAAAUUAAAAUCUCGUGUGGGCUCAUGUCUACCAUGAAUUGGAGAGCAGUAAAACAUUUAUAGUUUUGAUUACAGGUAUGGAUUUCUGCUAAAUUCCAUUUUUGCCAUUUUCUACAUCUGGCAAAGCCCAGUGGUUCUGCAGAAAGCUGUGUUCUCGGAGGCUCAACAAAAGCAAACCACAUGAAGUUCAAUAAGGCCAAGUGCAGGGUCCUGCAUCAGCGGAGGAAUAACAACAGGCACUAGUACAGAUUUGGGGCUGCCCUGCUGGAAAGCAGGUCCAUGGAGAAAGACCUUGGAGUUCUGGUGGAUAGCAAGUUCUGCAUGGGCCAGCAAUGUGCCCUUGUAGCUAAGAGAGCCAAUGGCAUCCUGGGGUACCUCAGGAAAAGUGUGUCCAGCAGGUCUAGGGAGGUUCUUCUCCCCCUCUACUCUGCCCUGGUGAGACCACACCUGGAAUACUGUGUCAAAUUUUGGACUCCCCAGUUCAGGAGAGAGACAGGGACCUGCUGGAAAGAGUCCAGUGGAGAGCCACGGGGAUGACUGGGGGACUUGAGCAUCUUCUCUAUGGAGAUAGAUACUGAGAAACCUGUGGCUGUUUAGUCUGGAGAAGAGAAGACUGAGAGGAGAUCUGAUCAAUGUGUACAAAUAUCUGAGGAGCGAGUGUCAAGUGGAUGGGGGCAAUGUCUUUUCAGUGUUCUGCAGCAAUAUGACAAGGAGCAACAGCUAUGAACUGGAUCACAGAAGGUUUCACCUCAACAUAAGGAGAAACUUAUUUACAGCGAGGGUGACAGAGCACUGGAACAGGCUGCCCAGAGAGGUUCUGGAGUCUCUUUCUCUGGAGACUUUCAAAACCUACCUGGAUGUGUUCCUGUGUGAACUACCUUAGGAGACCCUGCCCUGGCAAGGGAGGUUGGACUCGAUGAUCUCUGGAGGUCCCUUCCAACCUCUAAGGUUCUGUGAUUCUAUGGGUCUGCAUUUUUACUGAGUGCACACUGGAGCUUGCCCAAACCUAGGUCAGGCAGGGCUGAAUGUUUCUUUCCUAAACAGUCAGGAGAAGAUGUUAAGCUAUGGCUGACUCUGUUACUUAACAGGUAUCAGGAAAUGGGCUACUGAAUAUAAGUUUAAUUCUCACAGGGUAUGUCUGCCACAAUGGAAAACUACUCCUGUUGUUAGUUUCUCUAAAUGAAAGACACUGUAGAUCACAGAAAUGGAACUGAAUGUGAAAGUUCUCCAUUUAGACCAGACCUGAGGUAUGGAACAGCUGCAUUACCAUGGCUGGCAAUCUCUUCAGUGGACGUAAACAAGUCAUGUGUACAGUUCCUGGUGGCACAGGACUGGGAAGUUUCCUGGCAGUGUUCUCUUUCCAAAAGAUGCAAGUGUUUCUAAGGAUCCUUAAACAGCAGUUUGAGGAAAAUUUUAUUUCUUAUAUUUUUAUUGUUUGCUGGACAGUAGAUGAAACAAAGUGCUAAGGAAUGCAGAAUGCUGCAGAAGUGGAGCUACUUAAAAUAGCUGAGCAAGCAUCUGGCACGGCAGGCUGGCUAUUCUUCUGGAGGGAGGGAGCCUGGAUCAUGCCCCAUGUUUGAAGAAACUAUGGGAAACGUUCUUAAGGGCGGGAUGGAGAUGCAGGCUUAGAUCAAGUUCUGACAGGUUUGCUGUGGCAGCAAGCAUUUACUAUAUUACAGAAAACCAAGCAUGCUUUAUGAUGUAUAAGCAGGAUGUUUCCUUAAGUCUUGAUGAGAACUGUAAAAUACUGUGUACAACAAUCUGAGAUCUAAGUUUGUUUUCUUACAUGGCUCGAGGUAUCAUGUAAAAAAUUGCUGCUGCACACUGUGACUAAAACCCUGCUCGUUCCACCUAGGAAGAAGCACACAAGCAUUGAUUUCUAAAAAUAAACUCCCCAGCUUUUUUGAAGUAA